AUAUUUUUUUUAUAAUAAACACGUGUGUUCACAAGUAGCGUGGUUCAUCCAUAUCAUACAUUUUCUCACUGAUUCGAUUCGAUCAAUUACUCUUUGUCAGAAAAAAUAUUUUAAAGCUUAAAAAUGAAACAAAAGAAAGGAAAUGCUGUGGCAAAAUCACCCUUGAAUGGUGUAAAAAACGAUAGCAUCAUAAAGAAGCAAAAAAGUGAAGUUAGCACUCCAGCAAAAGGCACACCGGCAAAGAAAAAUCAGAAGAAAUUUGGCAAAACUCCUGUUAAAGAAGUACCUCCAAAGAAGGUAGAGGUGGAAGAGGAAGAUGAAUCCGAGGAGGAAGAAGAUUCCGGUGCUGAUGUCGCAGAAGAUAUAAUUAACGAAGCUGAGGACUCUAAUGCUGAAGAUCAGGAGGAGGACGACGAAGACGAUGAUGAUGAUGACGAUGACGAAGAUGAUGACAAUGAGGGAUUGUUAGAUAACGAAGCAGAGGAAGAUGAUGAUGAGGGUGAUGACAAUGCUGAGGACGACGAAGAUGAUGAAGAACCAGCUGAAGCACCCAUUGAAAAACAGCCUACUGAGGUACCAGCCAAGGCUAAGUCUAAGAAGUCGAAGUCUUCGGAGGAGACUGGUGUGCAGAAAAUUAAAACUGGUGCUCUGCCAAAAGACUUUCCAAAGGAGCAGGUGCUUGUGGUGAAAAAUCUGCCCAAACAAUACAAACAAAUUGACAUCGUUGAGGUAUUUGCUAAGUUUGGUCCCUUGCAUGCAAUUCAUAAUAUUCAUGGCCCAGUAAGCAGCAUUGCAUACGUUGCAUACGAAUCGCCUGAAGAAGCCGAAGCGGCGCAAGCAGCAACAAACAAUACAGCUAAGGUAAAGGGAGCCGUUUUAAGUGUUAGCAUUCAAGCACCAAAUUCGAAGAAAGUUAAAAAGGCCGAACUUAAAAAGAAGACUUCCGAAGAGAAAAGAGAAUCAUUUGAAGAAAACAAAAGAAAGAUUGAGGAAAGCAAAAGCCGCACUAUUUAUGUCAAGAAUUUAAAAGCAGGUACUACACAAGACGAGGUUAAUAGCCAUUUCGCCAAUUGUGGUGCCAUCGAAAGUGUUAAAGUAAUCACCCGUGGACAAAACUCGUUCAGUUUUGUAUGUUUCGAAAAUGAAUCGGCAGUUCCUGCUGCUUUGAAACUACACAAUUCUAUACUAAAUGAUAGUAACAUUUGGGUACUUAAGAGUGACCAGCAAUUCAAAGAGAUGACAAAGGAUCCACAACGCACGAUUCUGCUUAAGAAUAACACAAAUCUAACAAAUUUCGAGUCUUCGAAAUUGGAAGCGAUAUUCUCCAAGGUCGGCGAAGUAGAAACAUAUUCGAUUUUGUGCAAGAAAAACGUAUUGGCUUUUAUCACAUUCAAGGAUCAAAAGGCUGCAAAGAAAGCUUUAAAAUUGAAUGGAACUAGUGCGCAGGGCAUUGAUUUAGAGAUUGAAGAGUAUAAAGUAAUUACACCUAAAAAUAAAUCCUCUAUAUUUAUACAGAAUUUGAAACAAGGCGUAACCGAAGAGGAGAUCCGUGAGCUUUUCGCUUCAACUGGACCAAUUGAGAGCGUGAAUAUAAUUAACAAUUUCGCCAUUGUUAAAUUCGAGGAUACUGAAAGCUUUUGCAAAGCUUUCCUCUUAAACGAGUCAUAUCUGCGCGGACAAAUUAUUUUCUUGGAACCAUACUCGGAUAAGAAACAACAACAGCUAAAGAAAAAUCAUCAAAAGCCAGGAUUCAACAGAAAGAGACCGGCGGACUCGCAACAUAAGGGCUUUGCUAAAAAGAAUAAGCCUAACUAACUUAGCUAUUGCUAAAUACAUUUUUAACUUCUUCUGGUAUAAAAAGUAAUUUUUACACAUAGUUUUAAAUAUAAUGUAUAAAAGAAAAACCGUUUUAUUUUCAUUUGGACCACAAAUCGACUAUUGAGAUUUACUAUGUAAUUAUUAAACUAGUAGGAACAGAUUAUGAUUAUUUGACAGUGAUCAGUUCAACAUUCUUCCAGCUCCUAUUUGUUAAGAAUAAAAUAUCUAUAUAGUUCUUCAAAGUCUAAAAACACAAUGCGGUUUUUGUCUCGUGCAAAAAGGUUUGAAUCGUAAGAAAUAUUUGGAAAAAUAACAUAAAUUGUUAAAACAGUA